ACUCCAUGGGCAAGAUCUUGGUAGCAGACUAUGCCCAAGGCCAAGUGCACAGCUUUGCUCUGGACCACGCCUUCAAGACACUCGAGGUCCACUCAGUGCCUGACCUGCAGGGGCCUCGCUACGUCAGCCCAGCGCCCAACGGGGGCUUUGUGGUGAGCGAGGAGUGUGGGGAUGUCAAGGUCUUCAUGAGCAGCCACAAGCUCCUCUGCUCCCUCAGCAGCAAAUAUGGACACCAGUUUGGCAACCCCGCUGGGGUGUGUGUGGAUAGGGAUGGCAGCAUCCUGGUGGCAGACGAGCAGCGCCGGACAGUCCACUUGUUCCCAGAGCACGGGGCUCCCGUCUGCCUGGUGUCCGUGGGGCUGCAGAGGCCUGCUGGCAUGGCUUGCUCCCCCUUCGGGCACCUCUUUGUGGCAGACACGGGGGAGAACUGUGUCAAAGUCUUUAAGUACUGUGUGAGACCCCCUUACAAUCCCACCAACCCUGGGGCACCAUCUUCUCCAGAUGGCAGAAGCAAGGACUAG